AUGGCAUGGGGUCAGGAGGUCAGAGACCAGGUUCAUGGCGUGACCCCGGGGCAGACGGACUCCACGGAGUGUGUGUUCUACAACGUGAACUUCGAGCUGGAGAAGACGAACCUCAGCGGGACGGAGCGCUGCGAGGGCGAACAGGACAAGCGCUCGCACUGCUACGCCUCGUGGAGGAACAGCUCGGGGAGCAUCGAGCUGGUGAAGAAGGGCUGCUGGCUGGACGACUUCAACUGCUACGACAAGCAGGACUGUGUGGCGACAGAAGAAAGUCCUCAGGUGUUUUUCUGCUGCUGUGAAGGAGAUUUCUGCAACGAGAUGUUCAAACACCUGCCGGGACCUCCGAUGAAAGCACCUCCCUCUCUGGGGGUUUUGGCUCUGAUGCUUUACUGCUUCCUGCCGGUCAGUUUUCUCUCCGUUCUGCUGCUCAGCGCCGUCUGGAUGUACCGACACCGAAAACCUCCGUACGGACACGUGGACAUCACAGAGGACCCCGGCCCCGGCCCCGGCUCCCCCCUGCUGGGGCUGCGUCCCAUUCAGCUGCAGGAAGUGAAGGCGAGGGGGAGGUUCGGCUGCGUCUGGAAGGGAAUGAUGAUCAGUGAGAGCGUCGCAGUGAAGAUAUUCCCCAUUCAGAAUAAGGAGUCGUGGCAGUUGGAGACGGAGGUGUUUGUUUCUCCCGGGAUGAGGCAUGAAAACCUCCUGAGAUUCAUCGCUUCGGAGAGACGGGGGAGUCACCAGGAUGCUGAGCUCUGGAUCAUCACAGAGUACCACGAGAGGGGUUCUCUGUGUGACUUCCUGAAGGGAAACAUCGUCAGCUGGACUGAGCUCUGUCACAUCGCAGAGACCAUGGCACGUGGACUCGCUUACCUUCAUGAAGACAUCCCAAAGAUGAAAGGAGAGGGACCCAAACCUGCCAUCGCUCACAGGGACUUUAAGAGUAAGAACAUAAUGCUGAGUUCGGACCUCUCGGCGGUAAUCGGAGAUUUCGGCCUCGCCGUUCGUUUCGAGGCCGGUGAACCUCCGGGAGACACACACGGACAGGUGGGCACCAGGCGCUACAUGGCUCCGGAGGUUUUAGAGGGAGCAAUAAACUUCCAGAGAGACGCCUUCCUGAGGAUCGACAUGUACGCCGUGGGUCUGAUUCUCUGGGAGCUGGUGUCCCGCUGCAAGGCCGUGGACGGUCCGGUGGGAGAGUACCUGCUUCCCUUCGAGGAAGAGGCGGGGCAGCAUCCGUCUCUGGAGGACCUUCAGGACGUGGUCGUCCACAAGAAGCUGAGGCCGGCUCUGAAGGAGCUCUGGCUCAAACACAGCGGAUUGGCUCAGAUCUGCGAGACGGCGGAGGAAUGCUGGGAUCACGACGCCGAGGCUCGUCUUUCCGCAGGUUGCGUCGAGGAGAGAAUUUCAUCGAUUCGCCGCCUGAAGGCUAACAUCGUGACGCCGCCGACCUCCGACCUCAACGCCCUUUUGGUGACCUCACUUCCUCCCUCCAUGGUGACCAACGUGGACCCCCCCCCCAAAGAGUCCAGCAUCUGAGGAGAGCUCUACUU